AUGUGGGGGCAUCACCGUGAAAAUUCCUUUAUGUACAAGCGUAGUCCUUCAAAAGAUAAUUCAAAUAUGGAAGACGUGGAAGCAAACUCAGAUCUUUUAGACAACUGUAUGGGUAAGGAAACAUCAAGUCCUUCUUGGAAGCGUUCUUUACCACAUGUACUUGUGGCGACCAUUUCUUCAUUCCUAUUUGGAUACCAUCUCGGAGUAGUUAAUGAACCACUUGAGAGCAUUGCUUUGGAUCUUGGAUUCCAUGGCAAUACCUUGGCAGAAGGCCUGGUGGUCAGCAUAUGUCUAGGUGGUGCCUUUUUUGGAUGUUUACUGAGUGGCUGGAUUGCUGAUGGGGUGGGGCGACGCAAGGCUUUCCAGUUGUCUGCUUUGCCAAUGAUAAUUGGUGCUUCAAUGAGUGCAGCAACAAACAACUUGUUUGGCAUGCUUGUAGGAAGGCUAUUUGUUGGAACUGGCCUGGGCUUGGGCCCUGCUGUUGCUGCUCUGUAUGUAACAGAGGUUUCUCCUGCUUUUGUGCGUGGUACCUAUGGGGCUUUCAUCCAGAUUGCAACAUGCUUUGGUAUAUUGGGCUCGUUAUUUAUUGGAAUCCCUGUCAAAGAAAUUUCUGGAUGGUGGCGGGUUUGUUUUUGGGUGUCUACCAUACCUGCAGCUAUACUUGCUCUGGCUAUGGUCUUCUGUGCAGAAAGUCCACAUUGGUUAUACAAGCAAGGAAGAACUGCUGAAGCAGAAGCUGAGUUUGAAAGGCUUCUGGGUGUAUCUGAAGCAAAAUUUGCAAUAUCACAGUUAUCCAAGGUAGAUAGAGGAGACGAUACUGAUACUGUGAAGUUCUCCGAAUUGCUUCAUGGUCAUCAUUCUAAAGUUGUUUUUAUUGGAUCAACCCUGUUUGCUUUACAACAGCUAUCUGGUAUAAAUGCUGUGUUUUAUUUCUCUUCAACUGUUUUUAAAAGUGCUGGAGUGCCAUCGGAUGUUGCAAAUGUUUGCAUAGGAGUUGCUAAUUUGACAGGAUCUAUCAUUUCAACGGUUUUGAUGGAUAAACUUGGAAGGAAGGUUCUACUCUUUUGGAGUUUCUUUGGCAUGGCGAUAUCAAUGAUCAUUCAAGCCACAGGGGCAAGUUCACUUUUACUAAACACUGGAGCUCUCUACCUGUCUGUUGGUGGCAUGUUAAUGUUUGUCUUUACAUUUGCUCUUGGAGCUGGCCCAGUUCCAGGUCUACUUCUAACAGAAAUCUUUCCCAGUCGAAUCAGAGCCAAAGCCAUGGCAUUCUGUAUGUCUGUACAUUGGGUCUGUAAUUUCUUUGUUGGGUUACUGUUCUUGCGUUUACUGGAGAAACUUGGUCCACAACUGCUUUACUCAAUGUUUGCUACAUUCUGCAUGGUGGCAGUAAUUUUUGUAAAAAGAAAUGUUGUGGAAACCAAAGGGAAAUCACUUCAAGAAAUUGAGAUAGCACUUCUUCCCCAAGACUAG